AUGGCAUCCACCCAGAGUGCCGUCCGUGGCCUGAUGAUGGUGCCAAUGUCAUUGAAGCCGACAAUUUCUGUGCAAGAAUGCGAUGACUGGUAUUGCAACGAACAUGUCCCCAUACGAAUGAGACUCCCCUACUUUGAGCAUGGGUAUCGCUACCGCUCAAUCGAAAAUGGCUUCGGUGAUCCGGAUGCCAGUGAGUUGCCCGAAUGGCUCGCUCUCUACGACAUUGCCAACAUGUGGAAACUUACGCAGAACGAGUAUGUGCGUCUGCUCCAGCCUACUUUCCAAUCACUUCGAGAGAGCAAAAUCAUUCAGAAUAUUUCGGCGUCGCGUAGAUACUACGAUCUCGUAUCGACUUACGAAGCGCCCGGCUUUGUCUCGCCAGAAGACUCUCUACGCAUGGGCGAUGUUGGCGAAGCAUACGGGGCGACCCUUAUUGUUGUAGGCGUCAGUCUCUCGAGCGAUACGCCGGAAUCCGAGUCGGAAUGGAACAGAUGGUACGAGGAAGACUAUCUCCCGGCAUUGUGGAGUGUCCCCGGCUGGCGGCGGACGCGACGAUAUCGGACCUCGUUCAUCGAAGAUGCGCCGACGGAGUCUAUGAAGUUCGCCUCGAGGAUUGAAUAUCUGACGUUGAACGAGUUUGCAAACCCAGCCGUGAUAGGGGGUCCAGAGCAUCAGAUUGCAAUUCAGACAGAAAGCCGGACAAAUGUUGUUGCCAGCAAAUGGAGGCACGCGUACAAGUUGCAUUACAUUCAAGGCCCAGCUUCUCGUCACCUGGCGGCUCUGGGGCGCGUCGAUAUUGAGGAUUUUGUGAGCCCUGACGGACUGACCAAAACGCUAUCUGGCCCAACACCACGCAUUGAAAGCUACAUAAUCGCCAGGGACGACAUGAUCAUCACAUACAUGCUGGAAGGCACCGCAGUGGAACCUGCUACCACGCUCGUUCUCUCCACUUCUGCGGGUCUUUCAUGGAAAUCCUGGAAUGGCUUUGUGGAGAGGCUACUUUCACAGGAUGCCGCAUGGACAUGUCAAAUCUUGCGACUGCAGCUCCCAAUCCGUCGGAACAAUGCUGACAAUACCCUAAAUGAUGCUGUCAGCCUCGUCUCGGUCGCCAAUGAUCUAGAGGACUGCUUCAAUGCAUUGAGGAUGGGGAAAGCAGCUUUCCACUUGAAUCUAAGGCUAGGUGGUAGGACAGCCGACGGAUCACGGUUGACAGUUGUCAACGAGAUAGGAAAUAAUUGUGUUGCAAAGUCCGAGCCUUUGGCACAACUAUGUGGCAGAAACGCUAUCAUCACUUGCGAUUCGUCGCAGAGGCUUACCAAUGCUAUGGACAUUCUAGAGAGGGCAGCAUCAGUCGCUCGAGAACUCGAUGACCUUUGGGACAAGAUGAUCAACCCCCUCCAGUAA